AUGUCGCCUGACUGUGCAGCCCUCGCGAGAGUCGUGCGGCAUUGGGUAAAAGCGCGAUCCCUAGCAAGCACAAUUCAAGGAUGCCUUCCUAGCUGCGCGUGGGUGGAAAUGGUCCGUCUCACCAUUGUCAUGAGAUUGAUGAGUAGAAGAAGAUCUUGAUCUAGCUUGUUCACUCGAAUAGAUACUUACUUAUCAAGAAGAUUCAUCUAGAUUAAUUUGAGUAUUCAUAAUAUAUGUUUUUUUAGCCCACUUUUACUGACUCUCCAUCACACAAUCAGGUGAUUUUCUUCCUGCAAAGUGAGGGACGAUUGCCUUGCCUGCAGAAGCCUGGACGCCCAUGGGACUGGGACAAGCGUCCGCCACUUACAACUCAACGACAGCA